AGGAAAAGCAAUUCGAUUCGAAUCUCAAAAAAAUGAUUAUCAAUUUCUCCGUGAGAUCAAAGCAAGUGCGUGGACGAUCCUUCAAGAUCACCAUGUACCUGGAAAGCGAGUCACCAACGACGAAUUUGACCCCCAGCACAAACAGCAACAAAAAGGAAUUGCAGUCUCUGCUCUACAAGAUGACGUCGAUGGGGCUUUGUUACACUCGAAAUAGACCCAUGGAUUUCGCAUACACGAUCGUACCGACUUCAGGAAGCACCCAUAACCGCAUCGACAACCAGGAAAAGUACAAUUUGAAUGGCCCUUGUCCAAGGCUUAAUAUCCAGUUUCAAGUGGGCAGUAAUAGUCAUGCCGGCGUUGUGGUGCACAUGAAGCCGACCAAGGCACCUCCGGACCUGUUGCAUGAACUGAUUGACACGGAUGAAUCUUCUGGAGGAUUCGGGUUCAAUGCCUCACAAGUCCUGGGAAUGAUUGAAAAAGGGCUCAAGUACAGUGCUGACAAUCGCUGCUUCACCAGGGUACAUUUCACCAUCGAAGAAAUCAGAAGGUCACGAAGCAGGUCCCGCAGUCCUGGUCGGCAAAUUGGCGAGGCUGCGAAAACAGGAUUAAAAGUGGCUGCAACUGCCGCCACUGCAGCUAAGAUAACUACAAAAAUCGCUGCUGUGGAAGGUGGCAAGAGUGCUGCCAAGACCUUUGGCAAAAAGAUUCCCGGGAUAACUACAAAAAUCGCUGCUGUGGAAGGUGGCAAGAGUGCUGCCAAGACCUUUGGCAAAAAGAUUCCCGGGGUGGGACUCGGAAUUGGCGUUGGACUCGGAAUUUACCGACUUUUCAAGGGCGAUGUUGUUGGGGCAUUGGGCGAGGUGGCCAGUGGCGCCGUGUCGACGGUUCCCGGUGCCGGAACUGUCGCCUCUUUGGCCAUCGAUGGCGCCCUUCUCGUCAAGGAUACUUGGGCUCCCUUUGCUGCGUCCCAGCCAGUGAAAACCGGGGCCCGCACGCCCGCCACUUUAUAUUCCCUGUCUGCACUGGGAUCUGGGACCCAUUCCAGUUGGGAUUGGGGGAACACCCUGUAUUGCGCUCUCCCAGUUGGAACUGGGAAAUGUGGAACUAACCCUGGGAACAGAUACUGCCCCGGACAGAAAAGAAAAAGUGGGAGUAAAAUGUCUUCGCGGAAGAAAAUAGUGAUUCUCGGCACAACCGGGACUGGAAAGUCGUCACUGGGCAACAUUCUUCUUUCAGGAGAUCCUUUCAAAGAAUUAGAGAAACAUUUCAGGGUUUGCAGCUCUGCACAGAGCUGCACAAAGACCUGCGAGGCCAUUGAUGGGUACUUUGCCGGAAAUACAGACAGACGAGUGCGAAUAAUCGACACGCCGGGUUUCGGCGACAAGAUGGAAAACGUGGAAGAACUCCGCGGAAAUCUGACCGAGGGCCUGAAGAACGAGAAGGAAGUGCAUGCUUUCAUUUGGGCAAUAAAUGCUGAAAGUCCUCGAUUCACUGGCCAAGACCAGGACACGUUACGGAUCAUGAUCGAGAUUUUUGGCGCUGCUUUCCUGUCUAACCUCACUGUUGUCUUCACCAGGUCAACUUGGGCUCCCUUUGCUGCGUCCCAGCCAGUGAAAACCCGGGCCCGCACGCCCGCCACUUUAUAUUCCCUGUCUGCACUGGGAUCUGGGACCCAUUCCAGUUGGGAUUGGGGGAACACCCUGUACUGUAUUGCGCUCUCCCAGUUGGAACUGGGAAAUGAUGUGGAACUAACCCUGGGAACAGAUACUGCCCCGGACAGAAAAGAAAAAGUGGUUGGUUCAACAGCCGGAAACGGGAACAUGCUCCUUUGUCUAUUUUCCCACUCGAAACAUCAUGAACGAAUUCGCCGGCGAACAGGGCGCAACAUGGAGCAAAUGAAGACCGAGUUAUGCGACAACUAUUUGGGUCAUGCGACAUUCAUCACAGAUAUCGACGCCAAUUUCAAUCCCUCCGACAAUGACGAAAAGAAAGCCUUUCAAAUGAAUUCCGAUAGCCUCUGGAAUGAAAUAAACAAGCACAGUCUCACUCCUGUUGAGCACAUCGAGGAUGUGGAGAAGAAGUACAGAGACCUUCAACAGCGGAUUGCGGAACUUGAGGCAGAGUUGAAACAUCAUUCCGACAUCGACAAUUUGGAAAAUGCUCGCUUACGGGAAACAUUGAAAGCACUGAGAGAAUUGGAGAGAGAGUAUUUUGAGCAGAUCAGGCGUACAGAGAACAUUUUACGAGUUCUGAAAAUGCUGUCAGCUGGGUCUAAGAUCUCACUCAAGGUAGCCACUCACGGAAGCACGAAAUGGUUGGUAACUGUUGCAGCUAAGCAAAUCCCAUUUCUGGGUGCAGUGAUCGGAGCCGGACUCGGAACGUAUCGUUUGAUUGUUCAAGGAGAUUCAGUCGGAGCACUGGGUGAAUUGGCGAGUGGAGCGGCAUCUUGCGUUCCGGGCCUAGGCACUCUCGUCUCUGUUUGCGUUGACGCUGCCUUGGUGGCGAUGAACUCAUACGCGAAGAAAAUCGUUGUGUUCGGUACCCCUGGAACGGGAAAGUCUUCUCUCUGCAACGUUCUUUUCACUGGUGAUCCAGAUAAUGGGGAAAACAAUUUUCUAGAAAGUCCUGGAACAAUGAGCUGCACACAGGACUGCCAAUCAGAAGAAAGAUUUUUCCUUGGGAAUGUUUCUCGGCUAAUAAAAAUCAUGGACACCCCAGGAAUCGGCGAUAUUGAAGAAAAAAAUGAGGACCAAUGUAAAAGGCUCAAAGAAGGUCUGGAGAAGGAAAACAACGUUCACGCUUUCAUCUGGGUCAAGAAUUCCACUAAUGUUCGAUUCGAUGGUCAGGAUCAGCUUCUUUUUAAAUUCAUGGCUGACGUUUUUGGAAGCGAGUUCAUGACACACUUGAUUGUCGUUUUCACGCGGUUUUCUCAUUCAGUGGAGGAUAUUCGCAAACGUUCGAGGAUUGGCCCAACGUCUGGAAGUCUUUACCAGGGUUUCCGGAAGGAACUCGGCAUCAUGGCAGAUAACGACGGGAUCUCGCAGAUUCUUGCCGUGGACAUCGACGCCUAUUUCAAUCCGGAUGAUGAGUACGAAACGACGGUUUUCAAACAAAACUGCGAGAAGCUAUGGAAACAAAUUCAGACAUUUAGUUUGACUCCAGUAAAUCGACUUGAAAUAACGAAGCGGACAUAUCGUGAUGUAUGUGAACGAAUCAAGUCACUGGAAGACAAGAUGGAGGUCCUGUACGGAGCAGAACUCGAAAAAUGCCAACUGGAAUUGGAAAAUUUGCAAGAGAUUCAAAAAACGUCUGGCAACAUCCUCCGACGAUCCGCUGCCGUCACUGGACUCCUUGCUGUCCGAAACACAAGCAGUGGUGCCAACAUGGGCGUCCCCUUUUUGGGUUCGUUAGUUGGCGUGUCGACGGGUGCAAUCCCCACUGGUUCUGGCGACCCAGUCGAUUACGACAAGAGUCUUUUCAGUCGUCUGGCAUCCGGUGUCCGUUAUUGUGGUUAUAUUGUUACAAGACCUGUAACCAUCGUCACGGACCUUUCCUCAUACAUGUUCGACAGCAUAAAAACCUUUGGUGGCACAAAAAUUGUGGUGUUCGGAACCCCUGGAACUGGAAAGUCUUCUCUGUGUAACGUUCUUUUCACCGGUGAUCCAGAUCAUGGAGAAAAGGUUUUCCUAGAAAGUCCUGGAACAUUGAGCUGCACACAGGACUGUCAAUCCGAAGAAAGAUUCUUCCUUCGGAACGGUUCUCGACCAAUGAAAAUCAUGGACACCCCGGGGAUCGGCGACAUUGAAGGAAAAAACGAGGAACUGUGCAAAAGGUUCAAGGAAGGUCUGGAGAAGGAAAACAACGUUCAUGCUUUCAUCUGGGUCAAGAAUUCCUCGUGUGUGCGAUUCGAUGGUCAGGAUCAGCGUCUGUUUAAAUUCAUGGCUGACGUUUUUGGAAGCGAGUUCAUGACACACUUGAUUGUGAUUUUCACGCGGUUCUCUCAUUCGAGUGCAGAUAUUCGCAGGCGCUCCAAAACCGGCCAAACACAGGAAAGCCUUUACAGAGGAUUCCAAGAUCAACUCGGGAUGUUUGCAGAUUGUGACUCUGUUCAACAGCUUUUCGUCGUUGACAUUGAUGCAUAUUUCAAUCCGGAAGACGAGCACGAAACGACGGUUUUCAAGGAAAACUGCGAGAAACUUUGGGGCAAAAUUGAGACUUUGAGCUUGACCCCUGUAGAGCGUCUCGAAAUCGUGAGGGAAAAGUAUCACCAAGUUUCUAUACAAAUUGAGUCGCUGAAAGACAGGAUGCGGAACUUGUCAGGGGCGGAACUUGAGGAAGCUAAUGAACAACUAAAGAAGCUUUUAAUCCUCAAAAGGAAGUAUGACGAGAUCCUCACUCGAUCUGCUUGUGUCAACUUCCUUCUUGGCUUGGGGAAGAUUAGCUUGAAAACUGUUUUGGAAGAAGCAGCUGAGGAGGGCUUCAAAAGAGUAGUCAAAGCCACUCCUGUAUUGGGUUUCUUCGUGGGUGCUGCCUUCGGGAUAUUGCGCCUCAAAGAUGGCGAUUACGUGGGUGCUGUGGGGGAAUUCGCUAGCGGUGCCUUCGCUUGCGUUCCUGUCGUUGGUAACGUGUUUUCCGGCUUCGUCAUCGACCCUACACUGUGUGCCUACGAUAUCUACAGAGGAAUCAAAGCCACUCAGCCGAAGCCAAAACAGAAGAGUAAAAAUGACUGAUUUCGAAGAAAAUGCGUGUACCGUCUCGGCCGAAACAUUGUGACAUUAUACUGUAUUCCCAUUUGUUCGAGUCUCUUUGGGUAUGUUAUUGUACCUGUGUCUCAAAAAAAGCCUUCGAAAAUUUUCAA